GAGUUAUGAGGUGUAUCCAUUCCAGUUAAGAUUUUUGGGCCCAAAGAUGUGAUCUAGCAAAGGAAGACUACUAGUCUUCAUGUGGUGUCAUUGAGCAUUAUAUCUUAAGCAUAGUGUAUGCCAUCCAAAUGAAUAAACACCAAAUCUAACAAUGGAAGAAAUGCACUUUUCAACGCAGUGCUCUCACUCUGGGAUUUUUUCUCCUUGUUCUGAGGACCAGAGAAAAAGGUUCAGGCCCCAAGACCCAGACCUAGGCCCUGAGAAUUAGGAUAGCCUAAAUCCAGCAUUUUGUCUCCAAAUUGUCUACCCUCAAGGGAGCUGUCGGGCAGCAAAUAAUAGAAAUUAAAGGUGUGUGUGUGUUCUUUUGUGGUUUGGCUUUGCUGGUUGCAAAGUAUGGGUUAGUCCUUAGUCCUAAAGCAGCAGGAUGUGUCUAAGGGCAGCAACAGCGUUGUUUCCAGAAAGCAAAUCAGUUCCUGAUUUGAAAUUCAAAUGAGUUCUUGAUUUGAAAUUCAAAUCUUCCUUCAGUGGUUAUAAAGGUCCAAAUUUCUUGGGCAUUAACCUGUGCUAACCUUCCUAGAAAUCUGCGGUACCUGACUAAGCCCUUGCCGCAACUGGGAAUCCUCACUAAGACAAUCUUGUGGACCACCUUCUCCAUCAUUAUUCACAUCUCAGAACUAGGCCUUUGUUCUGAGAUACCCAGAAUCUUUCAGCCUGUCAACAUCAUUAUUUCUGAAAAUUUGCUGGGUUUUAAAGAACUAGGCUUCCCUUUCCAUCACUAUGAAGCUUUCAGCUACACCCCUGCUUCUUGGAGCCACUGUGGCAGUGGUCCUGUCCUCCUCCUUGGAGCGUGAAUACAUCCUCAUCCCUGAGCCCCAGACCUUCUCAAAUGCCUAUUGCCACUGCCGCCAACAUGGCACCACACUGGCUACGUUCCGAGAUGAGACAGAUUUGGAGCUUGCUGCCUCCCUAUGCUUCAAUUGCUCUGUCUGGAUUGGACUCUACCGUCAAUUCCUCUCUUGGGUCUGGAUUAAUAGCGACCCGUACAAGUUUCAGAAGUGGAGCCCCGGAACCAAAAGCUCAUACAACUGUGCGGUUAUGAAAAAUGGCUUGUGGUAUCAAGAGAACUGCCUUCAGAAAAAUCCUUUUGUGUGUUACAAAGGACCUACAGGUGCACUUCCACUUCUUCUCAUCCUGACAUUAGGCUGCUCUUCCAAACCUGGCCAGAUGACCUUAUCGACUCCCUCUCCAAAGUCUCCUAGGACAAGAUAUGUCACGGCAGCUCCUGGUGGAAAUGGGUUGCACUCUCCCCUUACAGUUCAGGAUCUCCCCUCGGCCUCUAGCAGCCCUGAACAAGAGACCAGCCAAAAAGAUCUACCGACUUUCCCCCCUACAGCUUUAACCAGAGUGCCACCUACAAGGGACCAAAUCCCCACGGUCAUCCAGGAGAAUUCCACCUGGUUUGAAGCUCUUGCUGCUUGCAAGGCCCGAGGUCAGAUUCUGGCAAGGAGAAUCGUGCUCCAACAGGGCUUGAAAGUUUGGUUGGGUUUGCAUCGCCAUGGGCUAUGGGGCUAUUGGGUUUGGGUUGAUGGGAGCCCUGUGCCAGAGGAGCCUCAGAGCUGGGGAGAAGGGGAACCAAAUGAUCCCAUAUGGGGAAACUGCGGGGCAGGAGUAGGCACUGGGGAUGGAGUGAUAUGGGAAGAUGAAUGUUGUGUGACAAAGCUAUAUUAUGUGUGUGAAUAGAGCUGCCCAGGACCAGGGUGACCAGAUGUCCUCCU